AUGUAUAAUCCCGUAGAUGCUUUCAUUACUGCAUUAUCAGAUAUGUUUAAUAUCGAUGCCUUUAUCUUUAGAUAUGCAUUAUGUCUGCUGGGUUCUUUUUCAUUUAAUGCUAUUUUAAAAAGAUUGCCAGAUGAAAAAAUCAGAUGGAAAUGUAUCUAUAUCAUACUAGUGUCUUUGUUUUAUUUAUUCGGUUUACUGAGUUUGUAUAGAGGUUUCAUCACUUUAAUGAUAAGUACUUCUUUCACAUAUUUCAUCACCAGAUUCUAUCGUUCCAGAUUCAUGCCUCAUUUAAACUUUUUAUUUGUCAUGGGACAUUUGGCAAUCAGUCAUAUCCACUCAGAGUUCUUUGUACCAAAUGCAUCACAAAUCAUUGAUAUCACAGGGUCACAGAUGGUUCUUGUAAUGAAAUUAAGUGCAUUUGCUUGGUCAUAUUAUGAUGGUGCCAUUGCUUCAAAAUUUGAAUAUGAUCAAUUAACAGAUUAUCAGAAAUCAAGAGCCAUUAAAAAGCAUCCUUCCAUCUUGAAAUUUUUAGCUUAUACAUUAUUCUAUCCAACUCUUUUAACAGGUCCAAGUUUUGAUUUUGCUGAUUUCGAUAGCUGGCUAAAUUGUGAAAUCUUUAAAGAUUUACCAGAUUUGAAAAAACCAAAGAAUAGAUUCAACCCUUCCAAGAGAAGACAAAUACCAAAAAAUGCUUUAUUAGCUUUUGCUAAAGUUUUGCAAGGUUUGUUAUGGAUGGCCUUAAGCAUUGCAGCUCCAUCAGUUGUAUCUGUCAAAUAUCUAUUAAAUAAAAACUUAUUCAUGCAAAGGUCUUUUUUCUUUAGAAUUCAUUAUCUAUACUUGUUAGGUUUUUCAUUCAGAUUCAAAUAUUAUGCAGCUUGGACAAUCUCAGAAGCUUCCUGUAUUUCAUGUGGUCUUGGUUAUAAUGGUUAUGAUAAAAAGACUCAAAAAAUUAAAUGGGAUAGGGUUCAAAAUAUUGAUAUCUGGGGUGUAGAAAUGGCCCAAAGUACUCAUCAAAGUUUCGAAUCUUGGAAUAUGAAUACGAAUAAAUGGUUAAAAAAUUAUGUCUAUUUACGUGUUACAAAGCCAGGACAAAAACCAGGGUUUAGAGCUACUUUGUUUACAUUUUUAACUUCUGCUUUCUGGCAUGGUACAAGACCAGGCUAUUAUUUAUCCUUCGCUACUGGUGCACUAUACCAAACUUGUGGGAAAUUCUUUAGAAGAAAUAUAAGACCUAUAUUUUUGGCUGAAGAUGGUGUGACUCCAUUACGUUUCAAAUGGAUAUAUGACGCUAUUUGCUUUUACGUAAUUAAAUUAGCAUUUGGUUAUCUGUGUCAACCUUUCGUCAUCCUAGAUUUCAAAGAUUCUAUUAAUGCUUGGAAAUCAGUUUAUUUCUAUAUCCAUUUCUUAGUCAUAUUAGUCUUCUUCUUAUUUAGAGGACCUUUCUCUUCUCAAUUCAUUAAAUUCUUAAAAUCAAAACAACCAAAGGAACAUGCUUUAAUUAGACAAAAGAAGUUGGAAAAAGAUAUUUCAGAAUCAUCUGGUGCUCUUGGUGAUAUUUUAAAGGCUAAACUUGAAUAUGAAUCCAAUUCAAGUUCUGCAACUACAAAUAAUUUUUCUUCUUCUUCUUCCACUGCUAAUCAUAUUAAAAAAGAUAUGAAUUUAGGUAUUCCACCAUUCGAUAUGUCUGAAUGGGGGAAUCCAAAAGAAGAGUGGGAAGAAUUCCGCCAAGAUUAUAUCGAUUGGAAAACUAAAAAUGGGCUAGAAGUUGAAGAACAAAAUUUGAAAAAAGCAUUUGAUAGUUUCAUGUUAGAAUUAAAAGAAAAUGCGAAGCCAUUAAAUCAAAGAAAGAUGAGCUUUAGUGGUUAUGUGUCUAAAGAUAAUACAGAUGACAAAAGGAAAGAUUAA